AACACGCAUCUUGUUCGCGGAACCAUUUUUCAUUUAUGAAGAAAUUCGAAUAAAUACCGAAAAUCCACGUGAUACUUUCACUCCUUUCUGUAUUUUAGAGGACGAAGAAUCAUGAUAACUUGGGGUAUUUUAUUGUCUGUCCUCUCUGUCACUGUCUCUCUGACAUCCGGGUCUCUAAAACAUCCGUCAGAGGACUGCGAGGAUUACUGCCUCCCAGAAAAAACAUCGUGUAGCGUCACGUGUAGACGGAAUAAUCUAUUUAACAAACUUAGAUUUCUUGACUGUUCAAGAACGUGCAAAUCUUCGUACUUAAACUGCUGUGACAAGUGUAACCAAAAUGCACAUCGGAAGAAACUAUCUUGGCAAAACUGGACUCAAAACAAACAAAUUCACACCAUACAAGGAGAGAUUAAAGGCCCAAGUGUCAAUAAAGGUGAAACCAAUAUCACCAAUAUUGGAAAAGCACUGACCAAUCAGACCAGUGGCACGCAGGGACCGGCCAAUCAUACACAAGUCAAAGAAGCACAUAGUAAUUCAACCACUGCCACGCAAGCGCCAUCCCAACAACUGCAUUCAUGGACAACGAUGAAUCCGGCAUUGAUGCGACAACAGCCGAUGCCACCGGGAAAAGCGUGUUUGAUUGUGUGUACGGCGGAGCGGUACACUUGUCAGAGGGAGUGUCAGUUGACCCCAUACGAUUUUGGGUGUAUGCCUGAAUGUGACGUUGAUUACUAUGACUGUGAACGAGAUUGUCAAAUUCAGGCACGUUAUCACAGACAUCCGUUUGGACGCUGAAGAAAAUUCAUUUGUGUAAUAUGUAAUGAACAAUUUUUUUUAUUUAAAAAUUUUAAUAUUUGUUAUUAAUAUAAGAUGUUUGUCUACCAACAAGCUUAUGGAAAAGUGUCUCUCAAACGUUGUUAAUUGAGUGAAUAAAUUUU